AUGGAAAGGUUCGAUCUGAAGAAGCGGGAGCAGGAUUCGGAGGAUGCGGAUGAGAAGAACGCCCAUCUGAAAGUGUGGAGGACGAAGAGGACCGAGGUUAACAACAACAACAACGACGACGACGGUAACGCGAAACUGUUUCACAGAUCGGGGUUUGGGGACCCGUACCUUGAGGAGAAAGAGAGCCUGAAAGAGAUCCACGACCGCAAGAGGCGUAGCAAGGGGACGCCGUCGGACGACAAGUGUUACGCGAACGAGGCGCGUAACGAGGAUAAGAACGGCGUGGGGAAGGGAAGUGAGAAAAAUCUGCUUGAGAUAUCGAGGGUGGGGAAGGACGUUCGGGCGAGCACGUUCGAGAAGACGGAGUCCAACGAUUUGCGAGGAGUGGACGCGUUCCGUAUGGAGAGCAAACUGACGAGCGACGCGGGGGAGAAGGGCGCGGAAUCGAAGGGAGGCGCAAGGGAGGCGCGAAAAGAGGAGGGGAAGAACGCGGGGAAGGUGGUGGGUGGAAAUUACCAACAAUCGGGCCUGUCGCAGGGAAAAUCGAUGGGGAUGGAGGGCAAGUUGACGAAGGAAGGAAAAGAGAAUCUCGGGGAGGGGAAUUCUUUGCAUAGCUCGGAAUCUGUGACGAACGAGUUGGCGGUGGCUGGCGGUGUUGCGGCGGCAGCCCCCUCCGCCGCCGCCGCCGCCGCCUCUGUUUCCUCUUCCGCCUCUUCCUCCCCCUCCUCCGCCUCGUUGAUGAGCGAGAACCCUUCCUCGAGCCAGGACAAGAAGGACGUGGCUCGCGGGGCAAAGGAGCAAGAAAAAUCGGCGGCCGAGCAGGGGAAGAGAUCGGCGGACGAGUCGGGGAACGUUAACCUCCAUCUCGAGUCGGAGAACAAAAAUUUGAUCCAGUACAGCAACGAGAACAUGAAGGAGGGGAAGCGUCAGGCACCGUUCAUGUUGGACAUGUUCAACGUGAAGAAGACGUUGCUCGAGAAGGAGGACAAACCGGGGAAAUCGAUUUCCACCAUUUUCAACAUGAAGCUGGCCAAGGCCGAGGUGGAUACAGCCGCCGUGAAAGAUUGCGCGAAAAGGGGGGGGAACGAGAAAGAGGUGGAGAUCCCGAUUACUAAUGGAGUUCUCGAAUUCGAGAAGAAUAAAGUUAAGGAAGUGCCGUACGAAGACGGCACGGCCGGCCUCGCGCUACCCUCCGACAUCAUGGAGAGGAACGUGGAUGAGAAACGGCUUAAGAACUCGGCGAGGGAGUUCGACAAAAGACAAUCGGGACAAAGCGCGAUGAACGAGGAGGGAAUUCGAAAUUGGUUCGAGGCCGCGGAUCGUGAACGAGUGGACGCGAACGCGAACCAAGCGAAUAUAGCCGUAGAGAAGCGUAACGGGAACGUGGACGGGGGAAAGGGGGGGAAAUUUAAGAACGAGGAGGAGUGUUCCAACGACAACGCGGACAAUAAUAAUAAUAAUAAUAAUUUGGUGGACGGGAAAAACCGCGGGAACGUUGGCAAGGAGAAGGAGUUGAAUUUGAUAGGGAGCAAGAGCCAGGAGUCGGAGGUUGGCGGCAAAGAGAAAUCGGCGACGAACGAGGUCGACGGCGAGAGGAAACGGAAAAAGAAAUAUCAGGGGGGGGGAUUCGUGGCCGGGAAUGAGUUGAACGAUCAAAUGACGAGCGACAGAUACGGGCAGAGGAAGAUCCUUCAAUACAUGGAAUAUUCCAACGACGAAGUGGAGGAGGCUGAUUUGAAUUACAACGACAGGGAGGAGGAGGAGAAUCAGCGACAAUCGGUCAAUGCAGAAAAAAGCGACGUAUCGGCGCGCAGGAAAGAAAGGGCGGUCAGCGAUAAAAAGAAAGCGAAAGUAAAUGUGAUGAUAAAAAGCAAGAUGAGCAAAAAAAAGAAAGAGAAGACUAGGAAAAGGCGUAAUCCGAACGUAAUCGAGUAUUACGAAUACGAUAACGAUAUGGAUCAAGAGAACGACGAAUUGUCACCGUCCAACGAACAAGAACGAGUGAAAAAUAAUUAUCAAGACAAAAACCCUAUAGAAUUUGAUGCGGGACUUGGUAAUGAUGCGUGCACUUCUCCAUCCUCGAAAACCUAA